AAAGCAGAUAAAACUUAUGUUAACGAUGAGUUAGAGAAGAAGGCGGAUAAGGAAUGGACAUCGGAGACUUUUAAAGUUAAAGCUGAUACAGGAUGGGUUUCAGGAUGUUUAGACCUUAAAGCAGAUAAAACUUAUGUUAACGAUGAGUUAGAGAAGAAGGCGGAUAAGGAAUGGACAUCGGAGACUUUUAAAGUUAAAGCUGAUACAGGAUGGGUUUCAGGAUGUUUAGACCUUAAAGCAGAUAAAACUUAUGUUGAUGAAAAUUAUGCAAAGAAGUCGGAAGUAAAUGAUGUGAUUACAAGCAUGAAAAAUGAAAUACUUCAAACAUUAUAUCCUGUUGGUUCUAUUUAUACGUCAAUGAAUUCAACAAAUCCAGAAACAGUUUUAGGUUUUGGUACGUGGAAGCAGAUUGUAGAUAAAUUCUUAUACUGUGCUAGAUAUUCAAAGCAAACAGGAGGUUCGAAGAAAAUUAAAGAAGCAAACCUUCCACCGCACACUCAUACGGGAACUACAAACUUUUCUGGCGACCAUAGACACUCAUUAAGAGACCACCCAUUAUACAACUCAGACUAUGAAGCUGGUUAUGACGUUUUAUCUCCAUCUUAUAACGAUUCAACAAAAAAGACUUUUCGACAAACUGAACCAGGAGGAAAUCAUGUCCAUACUUUCACAACAAAUCCAACAGGCUCGGGUAAAGAUUACAUGCCACCAUUUGUGACUGUAUUCGCAUGGU